AUGGCCGAUAAUGAUCAAUCCCUACAAACAGCACCGUCACCUCAUCUGCAUUCCGGGCGUCAUCAGUCAAGGAGAAGAAACUGUCACGGUAAGUCCACACACCCGGUCCACAAGACCUUUGCUGCGGCAAACAACCUAGCUAACCUUCUUCCAACUAGCACGGUUCUUGCCUUUCGUGCACUUACUCCAUCAUUCACAAACCGAGGCACUACUUGCCUUCCAGCUAACCGCUACCUCAUCUUAUCACUAACCGGCGUUUCUGCCUUUCUUUGCUUUCUAUCUUCCUUCACGGAUAGCUUCAUUGAUCCCUCAGAUGGAAAACUAUACUAUGGUAUUGCAACUUUUAAAGGAUUGUACCUAUUUAACUACGGAACUCAUCACCAUCGUUGUAAUUAUGAUCAAGAGGCGACGGUUGUAACUGAUGAAAAUGAGGAAGGAUUGGAGAGAUUUAGAAUUAAUGGAAUAGACAUUGUUCAUGCUUUGGUUUCUCUUGUUGUGUUCUUGGUGUUUGCUAUAAGCGAUACCGAUGUGCAAAACUGUAUGUUUCCUGAAUCAGGAGCUAAUUUGAAUGUUUUGCUAAUGAAUUUGCCUCUUGGUGUUGGGAUUUUGGCAAGCUUUCUUUUCACCAUCUUUCCAACUACACGUAGAGGGCUCGGUUAUGCAGAUUUCCCACUUCAUGAGAAAUGA